UUCCCCAGACGGAGAAAUGACUAAUCCAAAUUCCGAACCCACGAAGGAAACGUAUUUGAAGAUUUUGGGACAUCUGAAGAUAGAAAUGCAGGAGUUGGUAGACAAGGAAAGUGAACUUCGUGAAAAAAUUCAGAAUUUCAAAAGUGACAAGGGUACUCUCACCCAGUCUCAGCUGCGACGCUUAUUGGAACGUGUAAUCUGCAAAUUGCACGACCGUCUCCAAAGUACUGCGAAAUACGUUGUGUUGUAUAAAAGCACCGCGGACGAGUGA